CGGUCCUCCCCGCCUCGCUGCGCGCUUGGCGAGGCUGGGGGGCGGGGCCCGGGAGCUGCUGCGCCUGCGUUGUGGGCGUUCUCCCGGAGCAGCAGCUGCCGCCGCCGCCGCCGCCGCCACCACCACCACCACUACCACCACCACCACCGCCGCCGCUGCUGCCGCCACCGCCACCGCCGUGUUCGGGUGUAGAAUUUGGAAUCCCUGCGUCUGGUUAACAAUGAAGCAGAGUUCGAACGUGCCGGCUUUCCUCAGCAAGCUGUGGACGCUUGUGGAGGAAACCCAUACCAACGAAUUCAUCACCUGGAGCCAGAAUGGCCAAAGUUUUCUGGUUUUGGAUGAACAAAGAUUUGCAAAAGAAAUUCUUCCCAAAUAUUUUAAGCACAAUAACAUGGCAAGCUUUGUGAGGCAACUGAAUAUGUAUGGUUUCCGUAAAGUUGUACAUAUUGACUCCGGAAUUGUAAAGCAGGAAAGAGAUGGUCCUGUUGAAUUUCAGCACCCUUACUUCAAACAAGGCCAGGAUGACUUGUUGGAGAACAUUAAAAGGAAGGUUUCAUCUUCAAAACCAGAAGAAAAUAAGAUUCGUCAGGAAGAUUUAACAAAAAUUAUAAGUAGUGCUCAGAAGGUUCAAAUAAAACAGGAAACUAUUGAGUCCAGGCUUUCUGAAUUAAAAAGUGAGAAUGAGUCCCUUUGGAAGGAGGUGUCAGAAUUACGAGCAAAACAUGCACAACAGCAACAAGUUAUUCGAAAGAUUGUCCAGUUUAUUGUUACAUUGGUUCAGAAUAACCAACUUGUGAGUUUAAAACGUAAAAGGCCUCUACUUCUAAAUACUAAUGGAGCCCAAAAGAAGAAUCUGUUUCAACAUAUAGUCAAAGAACCAGCUGAUAAUCACCAUCAUAAAGUUCCACAUAGUAGGACUGAAGGUUUAAAGCCAAGGGAGCGGAUUUCAGAUGACAUCAUUAUUUAUGAUGUAACUGAUGAUAAUGCAGAUGAAGAAAAUAUCCCUGUUAUUCCAGAAACUAAUGAGGAUGUUAUAUCUGAUCCCUCCAACUGUAGCCAGUACCCUGAUAUUGUCAUUGUUGAAGAUGACAAUGAAGAUGAGUAUGCACCUGUCAUUCAGAGUGGAGAUCAGAAUGAACCAGCUAGAGAAUCCCUAAGUUCGGGCAGUGAUGGCACCAGCCCUCUCAUGUCUAGUGCUGUCCAGCUAAAUGGCUCAUCUAGUCUGACCACAGAAGAUCCUGUGACCAUGAUGGAUUCCAUUUUAAAUGAUAACAUCAAUCUUUUGGGAAAGGUUGAGCUGUUGGAUUAUCUUGACAGUAUUGAUUGCAGCUUAGAGGACUUCCAAGCCAUGCUGUCAGGAAGACAGUUUAGCAUAGACCCAGAUCUCCUGGUUGAUCUUUUCACUAGUUCUGUGCAGAUGAAUCCCACAGAUUACAUCAAUAAUACAAAAUCUGAGAAUAAAGGAUUAGAAACUACCAAGAACAAUGUAGUUCAGCCAGUUUCAGAAGAGGGAAGAAAAUCUAAACCCAAAACAGAUAAGCAGCUUAUCCAGUACACUGCCUUUCCACUUCUUGCAUUCCUCGAUGGGAACCCUGCUUCUACUGUUGAACAGGGGAGUACAGCAUCAUCAGAAGUUAUGUCCUCUGUAGAUAAACCCAUAGAAGUUGAUGAGCUUCUGGAUAGCAGCCUAGAUCCAGAGCCAACCCAAACCUGAUGCAGAGGAGUAUGUGGCUUCUGAGUAUACAUUCAAGGAGGAAGAAAUUUGGCUUCCUGAAUCACUGCUUAGAAGAAAGCCACCUAUCAAUCUUGGACACCCAUUGUAGACUUCAGAUCUUAGAACACAGAAAAUCAAAGGUGGAAGAAUAGAGCAUCUGCUCAGUAAACGGGGAUGCUUUCGGAGCUGUUAUAGGGCAGUACUAAAAAGUGUGAACUGGCCUAGUGACAAGUUUAACAUAAAGGGCUACAAAACAACUGACGUGUGUAAGGUAAGGUCUUUUAAAAAUUGAUAAAUUGAAGCUAAUCAAAAUUAAGUACUUUUGCUGUGCAAAAGACCCUGUCAAGAUGGAAAGACAAAGCUACAGACUGGGAGAAAGUAUUUGCAAGCCAUGUAUCUGAUAAAGGAUGAGUAUUUAGAAUAUAUGAACUCUCAAAACUCAACAAAUUAAACUGUCCAAUUAGAAAAUUGCCAAAAGGCAUGAACAUUUUACUGAGGAAAUAUACAUGGCAAAUAAGCACAUGAAGAGAUACUCAACAUCACUAGCCAUUUGGGAAAGGCAAGUUAAAACCACAAUUGAGAUAACACAAUGUUCUUAUCAUAACGGCUAAAAUAGGAGAUAGUGACAAAGGCUGGCAAGGAUGCAAAGAAAAUGAAUUGUUCAUACAUCAGUGGUGUGAAUAUGAAAUGGUACAGUGACUCUGUAAGUUUGGCAACUUCUUGUAAAAUAAUCAUUUAGCCCAUCCACCAAGAUUUCUCUCUUCAUCCCUGGUUCCAAAGACCACGAAUUCCCAUUUCUUUAUUUGCAUCAUUGAAAGCAUGUUAAUAUAAAUGAAAUGAUCCUUUGUAACCUUUUGGGAUUGGCUGUUUUUACCCAGGAUACCUCCCUGGAGAUCCAGUCGAGUUGUUUUGUGUACCAACAGUUUACUCUUGUCUUAUAGUUAGUAUUCCAUGAUAUGGAUGUACCACUGUGUGUUUAAACAUUCACCAGUUGAGGGACUUCUGGGUUGUUAGUCUGGGCUAUUGCAAAUAAAGUGAUAAGCAUUCAGGUACUGGAUUCCGUGUGAACAUAAGAUUUUUCUGAAUAAAUGCCCAAGAAUUUUAUAGGCAUUGUCUUGCCCAUAAUAUUGGGGGAAUCAGACCAUUUCACUAAACCUUGGACUAAAUGGAAUAGAGUACUCAUUUACAAUUAUAUUCUUAUUUCCCCCUCCCCCCUUGGUAAGGGACUUUAAGUAGGCUUCAGCCCCACAUGGGGGCUUGAACUCAUGACCCUGAGCUCAAGAGAUGGACGCUUAAGUGAGGCAUCCAGGCGCCCCCUCGUAAGAGACUUUUUUAAAUACCAUUUUGUGUCAGCACCAAUUUGUAACUUAGGAAAAAAUGCCUACAGGACACAGCAGGUGUAGAAUAGCUAUCUAAUGAAUUAAAUAUAUUCUCCAAAUUAAACUGGUCCACCCACUAAAGGUUCUUUAGGAGAACAUCACUUUAAUUACCUGAGAUCCAAUUUCAGGUGCCACUUACAGAGGACCAAAAAAGGGUGUGAUAUAAUUACUACCUUUGAAACAAUUCAGUUUUUCAGGACACAAAAUGGACAGUUAACCUUAUUGUUUCAGGUUCUUUUAUACGCAGGAGGAAAAGUAGGUCUGAGUAUUAUAGCCACCUAAAUUUGAGUUGCUAAAGAAUUAAUACACCACACACUUUGUCUUGAAUUCAUUUAUUUAGAGAUAGAACACAGCCAUUCAAAUGAUGGAACACAAUAUCAACACCCAGAAUAAAGUUGGGGAAUUAAGUUGAAUUGUUAUAUAUUUCAUUUACAUUAAUAAAUACCUUAAAAGAAGCAAAUGUAGAUUUUAAGAUUCAUUAAGACACUAA